CCCUCACCCCCCCACGUCGCGCCCCGCCCCUCCCGCGAGUCGCCGCCAAGAUGGCGGACUUGGAGGCGGUUCUGGCCGAUGUCAGCUACCUCAUGGCCAUGGAGAAGAGCAAAUCGACUCCGGCUGCUCGCGCCAGCAAGAAGAUCGUCCUGCCCGAGCCCAGUAUUCGCAGCGUGAUGCAGAAGUACCUGGAGGAGAGGGGAGAGGUGGCGUUUGAGAAAAUAUUCAAGCAGAGAAUCGGUUAUCUCCUCUUCAAAGAAUUUUGUGAAAACGUGGUGGACGAACCGGUACCACAACUCCAGUUCUACGAAGAGAUCAAGGAGUAUGAGAAGCUGGACUCUGAGGAUGAACGUCUCCAGCGGAGCCGGCAAAUCUACGACAAAUACAUCAUGAAGGAACUUCUCUCAUCCUCACACCCCUUCUCCAAAAAGGCGGUGGACCACGUCCAGACUCACCUGAGCAGACGACUCGUACCUAGCGCCCUGUUCCAGCCGUAUAUCGAAGAGAUAUGCAGCAGUCUACAGGGAGAGAUCUUUAAGAAAUUCAUAGACAGUGAGAAGUUCACGCGGUUCUGCCAGUGGAAGAACGUGGAGCUGAAUAUUCACCUGACGAUGAACGAUUUCAGCGUCCACCGGAUCAUCGGGCGCGGGGGUUUUGGUGAAGUCUACGGCUGCCGUAAGGCCGACACGGGAAAGAUGUGAGACUCCUCACCCGCACGCUCACCCUCACCCACACCCUC